CUCUCUCUCCAUUGCUAAACCCUAACCCUAGACUCCAUUGUUCGAGCUUCACCGAGCCCUCUCCAAUGGCGAGUAACCCCUUCGGAACCUCCUCCCCCUCCUCCUUCGAUCCCCUCCUCCUCCCUUCCCUCUUGUCCCGCCUCCAGCUCCGCCCUCCUCUCCCAUCGCGCUCCCCCUUGGACGACCUACUGCUCCAAUCCCUGUCCACCGUCGACCACCAUCCCGAUCUCGACGAAGACAACGAUGACCUAUCGCUCACUGGGGACGAAGAGAAGCGCCGCCGCCUCCUUGCCCGCGAGGUAGCCCGGCUUGAGCGAGAGGUGAUCCGUAUUAUCCAGUCCGGCGACUCCGAUCGGCUCCUCAAGCCUAAUUCCGGCCGAUCCGUCGCCAUCGGCGACCACAACAUCUGCGUCGCUGCUCGCGAUGAGCCGGGAUCGGAGUACCGCGUCUGGGAGUGGCAUGGUCACAUCAUGUUCUUUGACCAUGAGAAUGGCUUCGACGCUGAGUAUAUUUACGGGAAUUACUUCGAGAGGCUGCCGGAGAGGAAGGGCGGCAGGAAUCAACCCAAGGACGAUGAGGAAGAGGAGACGAAGCUCGGCGGGCUGAGGGAUUUGAUCGGAGAUUCCAUGAGUUCAGUGAUGAAUGGGGGAGGGAGAGUGAUUCACAGGAACUCUCUCAGUGCUUCAUCUUCGAAUUCCAACAAUUGAUUGAACAGGACAAAGUUCUUGUCGCCAUGAUGUCUCUUGAUUAGCCGCGGCCUGGAGAUAAAUGGUGGAAAAGUUAAUGCAGUUAUAAUACUUGGUCGAUGGGAUUUGUGGCAUUUAUCUACAAUCCUGUUUUUCUGCUUUUUGUUUCUUGGUGUUGAAUUGUUUUGUUUGCAGUGCAAUGUUUGAAUCUACUUCCAUUUGGAGGUCUUAGGAGUUUCUUCAAAAUAUCACUUUUUCCAAUUGCAUGGCAUGUAUUGUGGUUAGGCUUCCAACAGUCAUACAUCGUAUUCCUUUAAGGGAAGUAUAUGUUCUUCUCUCUGAGUUAAGAAUUAGUGCUACAAUCAUGUUUGUACUUCUCUCUUGAUUGCAACAAAUAAAUGAACAAUUAGUGCUAAAAAAAUGAUCGAUUUAAAGCAUUGGAUUGGGAAUAAUUAUGUCAUCAUAUGGAAAUUUGCUUUAUGUAUUGAUCUGGACGGGAAAAAUUGGAUUGAUAUAUUUUGGAGUUGUGGAAUGUUUUUGUGUCCAUGACAUGCCCAGUCCUGUUGUGAAUCGAGCUCCUUUUACCGUAGGCAUGGGUUGACAGGAUUGUGAUGGUAUGAUGAAGGCAUGCCUGCUAUAUUAUUAUAUAUGGUAACUACCUCUAUUUAUCACAUGGCAGUUUUUACCUAUGAUCUUGCUUUAGAUUAUUUUCUAAUUGUUCUUAUUAGAAAAACAUGCAUGGGGUGUCCAAACUUUUCUCCAUGCACAUGUUUUCUGUGAAGAGCUAUGAUUGGUUGGCCUUCAAUUAUUAUGUUGAAAAAUUUCGAAGCGCAUUAAUGAUUUCCCAUUUUUGAUUGUGAUGCCAAGUUUAUCUAUGUUAACGGUGAGCCCUCUUUGUGAUGCAAAUCAAGAUAAAUUUUCACUUGGGUUGUAUUAGGUAUGUAAGGAUUAACCAUGCGUAGGCAAACUCGAACGUUAGUUACCGUCCUGGACUUGAAUGUAUACCAAAAUCUGAUGGGAAACAAACUUAAUUCAUCUAUACUUGAUCCAAAAAUUUUAGGCUCCUGAAAAUUGAAACAUUUCAUUCUUUUAUCUUAUUCAUAAUUCUUAUGAGAAUUUGCUCCGGUUGAUUAUAAAUGCAGGCCCUACAAUCUUUAUCAAGUAAUACAAUUGUUGCGAGUGGUUUUUAUUAUCCACUUGACUACUCUACUUGGAAAUUUCUUCGAUUGUCAAUAUUGUAUUGGUAGUGUAACCUGUAUGAUUUGAUCAGAGCUAAAAUUUUGAAUGAAUUAAAGAGCUGCCAUCUUUAAUCUUCUCCUCAUAUUAGUUUCUUAAAAGGUUUGAGCAAUGCUCGAUUGUUCAUGUUUGAAUCUUUAUGUUCUUCUUGUCAUGUAAUAUUCUAAUAUGGUUUUUUGUUU